AUGCUGCUCUUCCUUGUCAUUCUGUUGCCGGUAGUUUUUAAGUUUGGUUUUGUUAGUCUCUCAGCACUGCCUCGCUGGAACUGUCCUGAAGAGUCUCCCUCUGGAAAUGGGAAUCCUGCUUGUGUGGGUCCUGUACCCUUCUUAAUUUUCUCUCAUGGAAAUAGUAUCUUUCGGAUUGACCUGGAAGGAACUAAUUAUGAGAAAUUGGUGACAGAUGCUGGCGUAUCAGUGAUCAUGGAUUUUCAUUACAAUAAGGAAAGAAUCUAUUGGGUAGAUCUAGAAAGACAACUUUUGCAAAGAGUUUUCCUGAAUGGGACAAGGCAAGAGAGAGUAUGCAAUAUAGAGAAAAAUGUUUCAGGAAUGGCAAUAAAUUGGAUAAAUGAAGAACUUAUUUGGUCAAAUCAACAGGAAGGAAUCAUUACAAUAACAGAUAUGAAAGGAAACAAUUCCCGCAUUCUAUUAAGUGCCUUAAAAUAUCCUGCAAAUGUAGCGGUUGAUCCAGUAGAAAGGUUUAUAUUUUGGUCUUCAGAGGUGGCCGGCAGCCUUCAGAGGGCAGAUCUCGGUGGUGUGGAAGUGAAGAUUCUGCUAGAGACGGCAGAGAAAAUAACAGCUAUGUCGUUGGAUGUGCUUGGUAAACGGCUCUUCUGGGUUCAGUAUGACAGAGAAGGAAGCAAUUCUCGUAUUUGUUCCUGUGAUUAUGAUGGAGGUUCUGUCCAUUUUAGCAAAUAUCUUUCACAGCACAAUUUGUUUGCAAUAUCCCUUUUUGGUGACCGUAUCUUCUAUUCAACAUGGAGAAAGAAGACAAUUUGGAUAGCUGACAAACACACUGGGAAGGAUAUGGUUAGAAUUAACCUCAACUCAUCAUUUGUACCACCUGGAGGAAUUAAAGUAGUGCACCCGAUCGGACAGCCCAGGGCAGAGGGUGAUGCUUGGGCAUCUGAUCAAAACUUCUGCAGUCUGAGGAAAGGCAACUGCAGAGGCAGCGUGUGUGGGCAAGACCUUAAGUCCCAUUUGUGCACGUGUGCGGAGGGAUAUGCUUUAAGCCAGGACGGAAAGUAUUGUGAAGAUGUUAAUGAAUGUGCUCUUUGGAACCAUGGCUGUACUCUUGGGUGUGAAAACAUCCCUGGAUCCUAUUAUUGCACAUGCCCUGUAGGAUUUGUUCUGCUUCCUGAUGGAAAACGGUGUCACCAGUUAAUUUCCUGUCCAAGCAAUGCAUCUGAAUGCAGCCAUGAGUGCGUUCUGACUUCAGAUGGUCCCAUAUGUUUCUGUCCUGAAGGUUCAGUGCUUGGGACAGAUGGAAAAACAUGUAGUGGCUGUUCAUCACCUGAUAAUGGUGGAUGUAGCCAGCUCUGCAUCCCUCUCAGCCCAGUAUCUUGGGAAUGUGGUUGCCACCCUGGCUAUGACCUACAACUGGACAAAAAAAGCUGUGCAGCUUCAGGACCACAACCAUUUUUGCUGUUUGCCAAUUCUCAAGAUAUUCGACACAUGCAUUUUGAUGGAACAGAUUAUGGAACCCUGCUCAGCCAGCAAAUGGGAACGGUUUUCGCCAUAGAUCAUGACCCUGUGGAAAAUAAGGUAUACUUUGCCCAUACAGCCCUCAAGUGCAUAGAGAGAGCAAAUAUGGAUGGUUCCCAGAGAGAAAGGCUUAUCGAGGAAGCAGUAGAUGUGCCAGAAGGUCUUGCUAUAGACUGGAUUGACCGUAAACUCUAUUGGACAGACAGAGGGAAAUCGGUCAUAGAAGGCAGUGAUUUAAGUGGAAAACAUCGUGAAGUAAUCAUUCGGGAAGACAUCUCUCAGCCACGAGGAAUUGCUGUCCAUCCAGUGGCCAAGAGAUUAUUCUGGACUGAUAUGGGAAUUAAUCCACGAAUCGAAAGUUCUUCUCUUCAAGGCGUUGGCCGACUGGUCAUCGCUAGCUCUGAGCUGGUCUGGCCCAGUGGAAUAACGAUUGACUUCUUAACCGACAAGUUGUAUUGGUGUGAUGCCAAGCAAUCUGUGAUCGAAAUGGCUAAUCUGGAUGGUUCGAAACGCCAAAGACUUGCCCAGAACGAUGUAGGUCACCCAUUUGCUGUGGCUGUGUUUGAGGAUCACGUAUGGUUCUCUGACUGGACUGUGCCAUCGGUAAUAAGGGUGAACAAGAGGACUGGCAAAAAUAGGGUACGUCUCCGAGGCAGCAUGCUGAAGCCCUCAUCACUGGUUGUAGUUCAUCCAUUGGCAAAACCAGGAGCAGAUCCCUGCUUAUAUCAAAAUGGAGGCUGUGAACAUAUUUGCAAAGAGAAGUUUGGAGCUGUUCAGUGUUCGUGUCGUGAAGGUUUUGUGAAAGCCCCAGAUGGGAAACUCUGUCUGGCUCUAAAUGGCCAUCAGGUAUUGGCAGGUAGUGGAGCAGAUCUAAGUAAUCAAGUAAAGCCAUCGGACAUGCUACUCAGCAGUCAAGGGUUUGAAGAUAAUAUUACAGAAUCGCAACAUGUGCUAGUGGCCGAAAUCAUGGCAUCAGAUGACGACGACUGUGGUCCCAUGGAGUGUGGUGCACACUCUCAAUGUGUUUCAGAGGGAGAGGUUGCCACGUGUCAGUGUUUGAAAGGAUUUGCUGGGGAUGGAAAAUUAUGUUCUGAUAUAGAUGAAUGUGAGAUGGGUAUCACGGUGUGCCCGCACCCCUCUUCCAAGUGCAUCAAUACUGAAGGUGGCCAUGUCUGCCAGUGCUCACAAGGCUACCGAGGAGAUGGAAUUCACUGUCUUGAUAUUGACGAGUGCCAACUGGGCAUGCACACCUGUGGGGAAAAUGCCACCUGUACAAACACAGAGGGAAACUACACCUGCACGUAUGCCGGUAUCCCGUCUGAACCUGGACGGGUUUGCCCUGACUCCACUCCACCCUCUCAGCUCAGGGAAGAUGGCCACUAUUCUGUGAGGAACAGUUACCCAGAAUGCCCCCCGUCCCACGCUGGGUACUGCCUCCACGGCGGUGUGUGUAUGUACAUUGAAGCCGUGGACAACUACGCAUGCAACUGUAUUGUUGGCUACGUCGGGGAGCGAUGUCAGCACCGAGACUUGAAAUGGUGGGAACUGCGCCACGCCGGCCACGGGCGGCAGCGGAGCCUCGCGGUGGGGGCUGUCUGCGUGCUGGUGCUUGUCCUGCUGCUGCUCCUGGGGCUGUGGGGCGCUCACUGCUACAGGACUCAGAAGCUGCUAUCGAAAAAUCAGAAGAGCCCUUAUGAAGAGUCAUGCAGAGACCCAAGCAUCAGCAGGCCUGCAGACGGAGAGGCCGGGGUGUCUUCCUGUCCCCAGCCUUGGUUUGUGGUUAUAAAGGAACACCAGAACCUCAGGAAUGGGGAUCAACCCGUGGCUCCCCGGGAUGGCCAGGCCACAGUUGCUGACCAGUUUUUCUCCCUGGAACCUGGGUCAGUGCAACUGACGCCAUGGAGGAAGGAACCCCAGAGGAGUCUGGGCACAGAGCAAGGCUGCUGCGUUCCACCAUCCAGUGAUGAUAGGUCUGGUCCCCAGGGAAUGGAGCACAGCUUUCCUCUCCCCUCCUAUGGGGUGCAGCCCAUUGUUGUGGGGGUCGAGAAGCCCCAUUCUCUCCUGUCAGCUAACCCCUUACGGCAACAAAGGGCCCCAGAUUCACCAUAGCAAAUGGAGCUGACUCAGUGAAAACUGGAAUUAAAAAGGAAGUUGAAGAAGAACAAACUGAAUGUGUGGACAAUAAUACUUUGUUUCAAAAAGCAGAGACAAAAUAUAAAUUUUGGCUUCAUGAUCUCUACAACUAAUCACCUGAUCGGCAUCCUGGAAACAAAUAUGUUUCGUGCUUGUACUUCUUCCUUCAGUCCUUCCCACUGUUUCAAGUUAGAGUAACUGGGAGAACCACUAGUUAACUCAUUAGAAAUCAAAUGGGGACAGUUGUGUUUUA